AAGAUGAUGAUGAUGAUGAUGAUGAAAAUGAAGACAGAUGUUCAGAUGUGCAGAAAAUGUGAUCUGUGAAUGAUCCUGCUGACACAUCGUCACUGCAGUGAUUCUUCUCUUCGCAUUUAUGAACAUCUUUAUUUGUGGCUUCUCUGCAUUCUGUGGUUUGUGUCGAAGGUGUGCGCGCGUGCGUGCGCGCGUGAGUUAGGGGCGUGGAGGUGGAGGGGAGUGUUGCAUCCUCUCACGUGACCAGCCUGUCUGUCCUCUCCUCAGUCCGUAUCUCUUUGUUGUGGUUGCAGCUGCUGCUCUCUUUACGCACCGCGUCUCCGCUCCGCCGGAUCCCCGACCCGCUUCAUUACCGCGCGGACAAACGCAGCCGGAGCGCCGCGAUAAUCACUCUGAGCGGGUGACCGGGACGUGGAGGAUCGCUCCGUGUGCGACACCCGACAGAUACAAGCGGUGUGAGAGAAAUCCAGCUACAAACACGCGGAGCUUCGGUGCGGAGGAAGGACGGAUGGCGGGGAUGCUGCCGCUGCCUCCUCUGCUUCCUUCCUGGACAAACCGGACCGCCUCCGAGGCUUCCUGAACGCGGAAUCAAGCGAGGAGCUCUCUGCACAUUCCUCCAUCUUCAGCACAGACUUGUCUGCUCUGUUCUCUCCCGCCCUCUGGUGCUCUCCUUUCAGCGGGACACAGCGUGAGGCAGCCGGGGUGUUUUCUCUCGAGUCUCCGCCUGCUCCAUCAGGGAUUACGCCAAAUUGUUUGCACGCCUCUCCACCUGAAUCGAGAACCGAGUGAAUUGUGUGCCGGUGUCUGGAGGUUGGAUCAUCAUCAACAUCAUCAUCAUGGUGUCAGGCCCUGGGAGGUGUCCCGGGCGUCCCGGCGGGGUUGUCCGGUACCUGGUGUCCGCCUGCCUGCUGUCUCUGCUGCUCUACCUGCCGGAGGCUCGGGCGUCUUAUUACCCACAGAGCGGAGAGUGCAAAGGCAAAGGGAAAGACUGCACAGAUCUGUCAGAGAAGAAGAGCGACCUGAGGGUUUGUGAUGACUCCACCUGCCGAUUCGGAGGCGUCUGCAGAGACGACGGAGCUCAGCUCAAAUGUGUCUGCCAGUUCCAGUGUCACAAAAACUACAUCCCCGUGUGCGGCUCCAAUGGAGACACCUACCAGAACGAGUGCUACAGGCGACAGGCGUCCUGCAAACAGCAGAGACUGAUCUCCCGGGUGUCAGACGGGCCCUGCUCCGCCGAUCCUGGUUCUGGUUCAGGAGACGGAGACGAUGAUGAGGGUUCAGGCUCUGACGUCGGGAAGAAGUUCACCAAGUGCAGCACAUGUAAAUAUGGCGCAGAAUGUGAUGAAGACUCAGAGGAUGUCUGGUGCAUAUGUAACAUCGACUGCAGCGGACACAAUGAAAACCCGGUGUGUGCCACUGACGGGAACUCCUACAACAACCCCUGUCUGGUCCGAGAGGCGUCAUGUAUGAAGCAGGAGCAGAUCGAUGUCAAACACCUGGGCAGGUGCCCCGCUGAUAAGGAGAAACUGGGGAAGAAAGACGACAGCAGCCCUUUCAAAGUUAACGUCUUAGAAACCACCGGUCUGGACCACGGUGACGGUUUCUACGCAGGGAUGCCGAUCCCCUGUGCUGACAGCUACGCCGGCUUCUGUGUUCACGGGAAAUGUGAGAUCAAAUACAACAUGGCAACCUGCAGGUGUGACGCAGGCUACAAAGGUCCUCAGUGUGACGAGCCUCAGGACUUCAACAUCCUCUACGUCGUCCCCAGUGGACAGAAGCUCCACUACGUCCUCAUCGCCGCCAUCAUCGGCGCCGUGCAGAUCGCCAUCAUCGUCGCCGUGGUGAUGUGCAUCACAAGGAAAUGUCCGAAAAACAACAGGGGUCGCCGGCAAAAACAAAACCUCGGACACUUUUCCUCGGACACUAACUCCAGGAUGGUAUAGCCGUGUUUGUCUGGGUUCUUUUUGAUAAGUUUUUUCUUACAGUGUGGGGAAAACCAUUUUUUAACGGUUGAUGUGAGGUAUCCAUUUUUUUUCUCCUGGGAAACCAUUUAAAAAAGAAGAAUAUUUAUUUAAGGGGCCUUAUUUCCUUUUUUUUUUUUUUUUGCUUUUGGAUGGAAAGUCUUUCUUUGCCGCAAGACCAAGUACAAGAAGCCGAAUCGUCAAAACCCGCUGUCACUUUACAUCGUUAACAUGUCCGCUGUCUUAAUUUCUUCAAACAUUAGAGGUUUUGUUGAAUGCUUUAUGAAUACGGUACCUUUGGUAAACUGGCUAACAGAGUGAUGUCUGCCCCUCUGGAAUGUGCUAUUUAUUGAAAAAGAUGAUUUCUACGCCCCUCUCUGUUUUACUUUUUACGACUAAUGUGCAGCUGAUCACCAAAUGCAGUUUGUUUUUGUGUUUUGUAGGAGGUGAGUGGGGGCCAGCCAGUGAUAUAGAUAUGUUUACACUUAUUCUUUGGUAUGUAAAGACUUCACUGUGGUCAAACAAGCUAAUAAUUUAUUAUUAUCAUUAUAAUUAUUAUUAUUUUCUUCAAAGUAGUUUUUACUCAAGGUUUUUAUGUUAACUUUUAUUUCAAACGUUGGUUUCUAAAUUCUAGUUCCUGUAUAUUCGCAUGACUUGUGAAAACUGUGUACUGUGGUGUAGUUUUAACUUUUUAAAAGAAAAGCUGACGGCCCCGACGCCUCCUCCAUCUCAGAGCCGCAGAGAUCCGAUGGAGAUUGGAAUCCAAAAAGUCGGACUGAUGAACGGAGGACACUGAGGGGGGAAGGUAUAAGUCGCUGUUGAAGAAAGGAAUGUGUAAUGUUUCGGGAAACCGCACUCAGAAAAUAACAUAAAAGAACUCUUGUGUCGACGGCUGGAAACUUCGGAGUACAUUCUUCUAAUUACCACUUUUGCUUUGUUGAGGAACAGAUUCGUGUUGAUUUUCACCCUCAGAGGAAUGUUUUUGCGUCUUCGUCCGAAAAGCUGAGGAUUGUAAAAGGAAGUGCGUCGGCUGUUUUGGGGUUUGAAGGACCGACUGCAACUCUAAAUGAUAUUUUUUAUGUAACUGGAGAAAGUCUCGGUUGCUGAGUGGGCUGUAAUCGAGGCUUUUCUUUGAAUGUGAGAGAAUAUUUGUGUCCUUUUUUUGUCUGUUUUAGUUUUGCAUUUGCUCCUCAGCGAGACAUUCCAAGCACAGAGGAUCCCGUACAGAAAAAAACCCUAUAAUAAUCCUGCAGGAAACACUUUACAGUAAAAUUGUAUCUCUUAAAGACAACGUUUCCCUCCGCUGUGAACAUGUGAUCAGAUGCAGGUCCUACAGAUGUCAGUGGUGUGCAGCUAACUCACCAUCAUUAAAGUCUCCUAGGGUAUUAUUGUUACGUGAAAACAGUGCAGACAGAAAAUAGUCAACAACGAUCCUGACAGUAUGUCGACAGGAACUUUAUAUCCAGUGAAUGACGAUGCCUUUUCUGUGUUGUUCCCUUGUGUCCAGGAGUUCUUUGUAACACAACCUGUUGUUAUAUUAUUUAUGUCAUUUUUGUGUGUUUUUUAUCAAAGUCCCGUCAUUUCUUUACAAACCAACUUGUCUUGUUCUUGAGCUGUAAACUCCACCUCCGUCCCACCUCUGAACUCUCAAAAGUGAAACCUUUCUUUGCUUCAGAUCCGCUCUGUCACUCCUUUUAAUGGUGAAUUUAAAUUAAAAUACAGUCGUAAUAUCAAUCAAUCACAAACUAAACCUUCUCCUCAUGGUGUCCAGUGAUAGCAGCUGAUUUUAUCUGAACUAAUCUUUUGAGUUUCUAAAACAGCAAUGUAUGUUUUGAUGCUCAGUAUUCAGGAGGUUGGAGAAAUCAACAGUCAACAGUGUUUGGUGUCUGGAGGCAAAAGCUGACUUGUAUUUUUUAGUAUUCAAACCUCAGUCACUUGUUCACGUCAUAUUGGAUAUUCUUUAAAUACAAGCUUCUGAUAAUCCGUUUGUGUCAAGGCAUUCACAGAAAUCUUUUUCAGGCUUUAAAAUCGACGGUUAUCGUCGUCGUAAGGAAACUAAAUUGACUUGUGAAAAGUGACAAAUAUCUGCUGUCGUCUGUUUAAAGCUGACUUGUUCCAACAGUGUGAGCACGCCAAGAUUUUACUUAAAAAAAAAACAAAACUGAAUGUUGUGUCUCCUGAUGCGAUGAAAGGCGAUUAACUAUGCAUUGACUCUACUGCCAUUUACUCCACUUUGCAACUUUAUAGUUAUAGAAUGAUUACAACUGAAACUGAAACUGAAACUGCGAGAAGAGACUAAGGGCCCUUUCACACCUUCCUCUUUUGGUCUGGACGUUCAGACUUUUCUGUUUCGUCCGAACCAAAAUUACAGGUGUGAAACCUCCCCAGAUCAAACAGCUAAACCGUAGUCAGAUGAAAUAUUCAGUCUCGAUCUGGAUCAAGCUGAAACUUUGUUCAGUUCUGGUGUGAAAACAUUUUGUGGAUGGUUGGGACAUUCGGACCAAUUACAGGAAGUACUAACAGGCUGUCGUCAGAACCGGAAAACAACAAAACAAAUUGAGCCGCAGUGGAUCAUAGAUGAAAACCAAAUGUUUAACAGACAUUUGGUCUCUUUUACAAAAAAAAAAUCAUAAAAAUUCCAACCUUUUCUUAUUAUUUUCCAAUCAGAUGAGAGAGAGAGGAUACGAGAGGAUAGAUGAGCCCAUCUGCAGAGCAAUCAGUCAAGUAUUGGGAGAACCAUCUCACAUAAGGGCAUGACGAUAGAACGUAGGCGGCAGGCAAUGACAACAGGACACAGGUAUGCCUUACAAAGUUCUGUAGAGCGCUCGCAUCAUUGCAAUGAGAAACCAAAACUAACCAGAUCAAAUGUUUACAAUGCAAAUGCAAGAACCUUGGCUCGAACUUAAAGGUGUGAAAAUGCCUUGAGAAGAAGAGACUUUAAGCUACAGUUGGUUACUAAAUUAAUUUGGGGAUAAUGAAUCGGAAAAGCGGCCCAGUCAAGUAUAAAGGCCAGUUCACACCAGCAUUAUUAAAGUUAAAGUCUGGACCAAGUUACCUUGGUCCAGUUACCUUGAUGGCGUUGUCAGGAUAAUUAGGAAGUGGCUGCAGUUACACCAAAGUCACACUGUUGAUCAAUCGCAAACAAUAUUAGCAGUAUGGACCUUUAUGGUAACAGAGACCUGACGCGUCCAAAUGGAGGACACUGUUGUAUUAGCUGUGAAGCACGUCCUCGCAUCAGCUGACGGAUGUUGCUGUUGUUUAAACCCGGGCUGAGGGACCGUCUGUGAGCCGCUGUCCUGCUCUCUCUGCCCGGUUAGCAUGAGCUAACACAGCAGCAACACCGAGCCGUUAAACGUUCCCAACAAUCUCGCCCUGACACUGAAACAGCUCAACUGUGUCAUUUAAGCUGUAUUAACAGGUUCAAUAACAGUUGCUAACAGUUAGCCCUGUCACUGUGUGUGUGUGACGCUGUCCCAAGCGCAGAGCUCCGGUCCCGUAGCAGUAGUUCCAUGUUAAACCAAGAGGAUGAGAGAGCAGGGCAACAAGGGGCUGAGCAGAUCAAUACACUGCACACAGCUCUACAAUGACAUGAGAUUUUAUCUGCUUUAAAUACUCAGUGAUUGGACAAAUUGCAAGAUCACACAGAAUUCAUGGGAAUUUCCGUUACGUGUUGUGAUCACAGCCUGGAGGGGCUGCUUAUUGUUCACUGGUGCCAGGUUUUGAUCUGAUCAGGAUCUAGAAAUCUAGUUUACCUGGUUGCCAGACUCAUCAUGAAUAAUACCCCUUGAACUGGCCCAAGCAUACUGGUCCACAGUCUGCAGUAACAAAAAGUGGCACAUCUUGCAGUGAUAUUUGGGCCUGCCUGCUCACAUCAGGUCCUCUGGGUCCAAAAGUGCUCCAACACUAAGCCCUGAUUGGCCGACUCAGCUGGCUACCUGAAUGUUAUGCAUGAGCUGCGAUAUAUUUGGGGAAUAUCAAAAUAAGGUUGGCUAGCAUGCUAACUAACUUCAAGCUCACAUGUACAAACUAUAUUCUAGGAUUCAAAGCAUUAAGCUAACAUUAUCUAACAUCAGUUAGGUUGCAAAAAAAAUCAAUAAGAAAGAUAAGUUAAAGUUUAAUCUCCAGAGAACAAUUAGCAUUCACAGUGAAUCAGUGUUAAUAAUUCGAUUAUCAUUUAUAUUUUCUUAUGCAUGGUCAGUGUGUCCUUUACCUCAUCCGAUUCAGUAGGGAGGGUUGGCCCAGUCGUGAUUACAGAUUUCGGUGUGGAAGUGAAACUCUGAGGCCAUGCCGAGGUCCAAAAUGUCAGUUAACGGCAGGUUUUUCUUCCCUGUGUGUUUACCAUUUUUAAUUUCUGUCACAGGAUUUUUCUUUUCAGUAAUGUCUUAGUCUACAGGUCGUAGGUCAGCCCCCCCCCCGCACCCUCCAUCCCCUCUGCCGAGCAACGUGUUUCUACUUGUUGUCGACCAUUGCAGCCGUGACUUCUCUAAAUGUGACUAGAAUGUGUUUGACAUGUUAAUAUUCUGCAUGUAGACUUUGAGAGGCUAUUUUUGGUCUCUGCCAAAAUAAAAAAGGAAAUGUUUUUUUUAAUGUACACCAGGGUGC